AUGAGAGUGUUUUGUCUAUGUUCCUUUGUAUGGUUUUUAGUGCUGCUGAACCAGAAGACGAGUACGUGUAAGGGCGAUGAGGAAACCUCGCAAUGCCCAUCCAUCUACCCAGAUCCAUCGGAUACUAAACUACUCUUGAGCAAGGAUUUUUUCGUCAAGUACGUCAACCAAUCCGUCUAUCUGGCGGACAUCAUCAAAGCAGAAGACUAUGGCCCUAUCGAGGACCUGCUACCUGAGCUACGAGAGAUGUACGAGCGGGCUGACGUAUUCAGUGACUUUGACGAUCAGGCUUUGAUAGUCAAGACCAAAGACACCAAGAUGUGCUUUGCGUCCUUUCAAGCUACUGAUCAAGCUAACUAUUUUGCAUUUGCGGUUGAUCUUUGGCACAACAUCAACCCAUUGACCGAACGAAUAGAAGGAACUGACUGUAUUAUUCGGAGAGGAGUCGUGCAAGCGUAUAAUACAACGUACAAAAAGGAGUUUAGGAGAAGUUUGGAUGAUUGCAUUGCUUCCUGUGGGAGUGAUGAACCAUGCCCGUUGGUCCUGACCGGUGCGAGUAUUGGAGGGGCCGUCGCAGUGGCUGCAGCUGUAGAUCUUACAAGCUUGUAUGAUCCAACAGUCAUCACCUUUUCCGCGCCAAAAGUCGUUGUGAGAACAGCUCCCUGCGAACAUUUGAAUUCGUCCAAGUUUUUCCGAUUUGUCAAUACCGACAGCCAAGGGAACUACGAUCUCAUUGUGAACCAGCUCAAUCUCUUUAAUGAGCGACACCUCGGAUGGACUUUUCUGCUCGAUGAUGUCAACUUCCCCCUUGGAUCGCCAGGAAUCAAUGACUCUCGAGAUCGAUGCCCUGGAUCCUUUGCUCUGCACGAAUACAAUAUCUACCGCGGACGAGUGGAGGGGAUCAUCAACCGUGAUUGCUUCCCGCUUCCAAUUGCUGGUUGGCCAGAAGGUCACUACUGUCGCUACGAUGAUGAGUGCCAAACCAACUAUUGCAAUAAACGUCAAUGUCAACGAGGCUUAUAG